AGCUCCACACAGGAGAUUGGAGAAGAGGUGGAGGAUGGUGUGAUCUACAGCAUAUCACUCCGGAAAGUGCAGCUCCAUCACACAGCCAACAAAGGACAGCGAUGGCUGGGGUUUGAGAAUGAAUCAGCCUUAAACCUCUACGAGACGUGUAAGGUGCGGACAAUAAAAGCUGGGACCUUGGAGAAGCUGGUGGAGUACCUGGUCUCAGCCUUCAAGGGCAAUGACUCCACCUACGUCACCAUCUUCCUGUGCACUUACCGGGCCUUCGCCACCACCAAGCAAGUGCUGGACCUGCUGCUUAACAGGUACGGCAAACUCCACGUGCAGGCGAAUGGGGACCACGCCAGACAUGCUGUGGAUGAGAGGACGGAGCUGAAGAACACCAUCUCCUCCAUCCUGGGCGCCUGGCUGGACCAGUACUCAGAGGACUUCCGCAAGCCUCCAGACUUCUCCUGCCUCAAGCAACUCAUCUCUUAUGUGCGCCAUAACAUCCCUGGUUCAGACCUGGAGCGCCGAGCCCGCAUCCUGCUGGCCCAGUUCCAGCAGCAAGAGAAGAGCGAGUCUGAAGUGGAAGCUGUGGAUCAUGGUGGCUGCACCUUCCAGCUGGUGGAGGAGAACGGGGUUGGGGACGGGAAGCUGGAUUUCCUCUCCUUCUCCCCAGAGAUGGUGGCAGAACAGUUCACACUGAUGGAUGCUGAGCUGUUUAAGAAAGUGGUGCCUUACCACUGCCUGGGCUGCAUCUGGUCCCAGCGAGACAAGAAGGGCAAAGAGCACCUGGCACCCACCAUCCGUGCCACAGUCUCGCAGUUCAAUAGUGUGGCCAACUGUGUCAUUGUCACAUGUCUUGGAGACCGGUCCCUGAAGCCACAGCAGAGGGCGAAAGUGGUGGAGCGGUGGAUCGAAGUGGCUCGGGAGUGCCGCAUCCUGAAGAACUUCUCCUCCCUCCGAGCCAUCCUCUCGGCUUUGCAGUGCAAUGCCAUUCACCGGCUGAAGAAGACCUGGGACGAGGUCCUACGGGAGAGCUUCCGCACUUUCCAUGAGCUCUCCGAGAUCUUCUCCGACGAGAACAACCACUCGCUGAGCCGGGAGCUUCUCAUCAAGGAGGGCACGUCCAAAUUUGCUACCUUGGAGAUCAACCCAAAGAGGGCUCAGAAGCGGCAACAGCAGCAGCGAGAGAUGGGUGUGAUGCAGGGCACCAUUCCCUACCUUGGCACCUUCCUCACAGACCUGGUGAUGCUCGACACUGCCAUGAAGGAUUUCCUGGAUGGUGGGCUGAUCAAUUUUGAGAAGAGAAGGAAGGAGUUUGAAGUCAUUGCCCAGAUCAAGCUGCUUCAGUCGGCCUGCAACAACUACAGCUUCACUCAGGAGGACCAGUUUGUGGACUGGUUCCACAGCCUGGAGCGGCUCAGCGAGGCUGAGAGCUAUGGGCUGUCAUGUGAGAUCGAGCCACUGUCAGAGUCAGCCAGCAACACGCUGAAGGCAAAGAAAAACACGGGCAUCAUCAAGCGAUGGAGCGACCGGCAGCCGCCGAGCACUGAGCCCUGCGCCAGCGGCAGCUCCCACUCGAAAUCCUUUGACCAGCUCAAGUGCGGGCAGUACCUGUGCAGCGGGGACACCACCGACUCUGUAAGCGUCACCUCUGCCGGCUCCAGCAGCUCUGACGUGGAGGAGAUCAACAUCAGCUUCAUCCCCGAGUCCCCCGACUGUCAGGAGAAGAAGGUCAGUGAGAUCCCUCUGGCCUCCCUCCCCCAGCGCUGGUACACCCCGUCUGUGGCCGAUGGAGAAGCUAAAACCACUGUGUCCUCCGCAUCCCCUCUCCUCCCUGCCCUCCAGUUCUGGGAGUCCACCUCUCUCUCCUCCCUGGACACGUCGGGUAUUGGCUCCGGGUCCCGGAGGGGCUCCUGCUCUUUUUUCCCGGUGACAGCCUCCCGUACCCACAAACGCUCGGUCUCCGGCAUCUCCAGCUACUCCUCCCUCUCGCUGCCCCUCUACAACCAGCAGGUCGAUGACUGCUGCAUCAUCCGCGUCAGCCUGGCUGUGGACAAUGGCAACAUGUACAAGAGCAUCCUGGUGACGAGCCAGGAUAAGACCCCGGUCGUUAUUCGCAAGGCCAUGGCCAAACACAACUUGGAUGGGGACCGGCCUGAAGACUAUGAGCUCGUUCAGAUCAUCUCAGAGGAGAGAGAGCUGAAGAUCCCUGACAGUGCCAAUGUCUUCUAUGCCAUGAACUCUGCCGCCAACUAUGACUUCGUGCUGAAGAAGCGGGGCUUCUCCAAGGGGGUGAAGAUCAAGCACGGCUCCAGCUCCACCCUGCCCAGGAUGAAGCAGAAAGGCCUGAAGAUCGCCAAAGGCAUCUUCUAG